AUGAGUGGGCAAGGGGCCAGCGGGUUUGCGGGGCUGCCUCUGGCUGUGGAGGUUGAUUACAGCUUGGACGACAUCAUAGGAGAAGGAAGCUUCGCUCAAGUGUUCAGGGCAUGGGAUUCAGGGGGAGGGAUGGUGGCCCUAAAGAUGGUUCGACCAGAAGAUCACUUCGACGAUCUUCCGUUCGACAGGACGGAAUCAGACGAGCAGGAGGGGGACGAUGAGUUCAGCUACUCCCUCGUGCUCCAAAGUUUGCAGGAUGAGCUCAAGUCCUUCCAAACCGUCGGGCGGCAUCCGAGCAUCGUAGAGAUCGUCGCUGCCUCCGAGGUUGGGGACAUGGUGGUCAUGGAGAUGGCAGAGAUAGACUUGUAUCAGUACAUACACCGCCACUCCAAGUUUCUCACCCUCGACCUGAUUCAAAGUUGGAGCGCACAGAUCCUUCAUGGCAUCGAUCAUAUACACAAAUCGCAGAUCGUCCACAUGGACAUGAAAACGUCCAACAUCCUGAUUCGAUGCGACGGAUCUGUUUGUAUCUGCGACUUCGGGCUUGCGUGUCGCGUGGAGGGACACAAGGAAGUGAAGAAGGAGCUCGUAACCCUCUGGUAUCGUCCUCCUGAAUUGAUCAUGGGCUGCACUAAAUACUCGAACUCGGUGGACAUGUGGGGCUUGGGCUGCAUCGUGCUUGAGAUGCUGCUUGGGAGACCCGCUUUUCAAGGCCGCAACGAUGCGCGAUGCACAUGCACCGUCUCUCGUCACUGGAACUUCAACAGCGAUCAGCUGAUGCAGAUCUUCACUCUCCUGGGAACGCCUGAGGAGCACGAGUAUCUGCAGUCGAUGUCCUGCUAUCGACACUUCAACUUCUGGCCAAUAUUCCCCCGCAAGUUGGAGCAGUCGAUCCAAGCUUCCCUCCUCGUGAUCGGGGGAAGGAAGAACGCAAGCGCCGUCCUGUGCGAGGUGGAGGCAUGGAUGCAGCUCCUCACGUCUUGCCUGCAAUUCAACCCAGAGAGAAGAGUCUCUGCUCGUCAGACCCUCGCGUGCAGAAUAUUCUCUUCGGUGCCUCAGGCGGACGAGUCGGACGACUCCCCGAAGGAGGAAGGGAGCAGGAACUUGUGUGCUCGUCUGUCAGGGAUGCCAAGGAGAUCCUCUCAUGGAGGGAGCAGAUUUCAAACUUCUGCGUGCCUGCAAGCACAAGUCCCCUCAGCCUCCCCGAAUCAAAACGUGUAG